AUGAGAGGCAUUGCUUGGGCAGACAAGAAGCGCUUAGGAUUACCUGGGGCAAUGUCUUCGUUAAGUAGGGAACUGGUAUUCUUGAUAUUGCAGUUCUUAGACGAGGAGAAGUUCAAGGAAACAGUUCAUAAGCUUGAGCAAGAGUCUGGAUUUUUCUUCAAUAUGAAACAUUUUGAGGAUCAAGUUCAGGCUGGAGAGUGGGAUGAAGUUGAGCGCUAUUUGUGUGGCUUCACUAAAGUUGAAGACAACCGAUAUUCAAUGAAGAUUUUUUUUGAAAUUAGGAAGCAGAAGUAUUUGGAAGCUCUUGACAGGCAGGAUAGGGCGAAGGCUGUUGAGAUUCUUGUGAAGGACCUUAAGGUUUUUGCAUCAUUUAAUGAGGAACUUUUCAAGGAGAUCACCCAGUUGCUAACUCUUGAUAACUUUAGGCAAAAUGAGCAGCUUUCCAAGUAUGGGGACACAAAAUCGGCUCGGAAUAUUAUGCUUAUAGAACUUAAAAAGCUCAUUGAGGCGAACCCAUUAUUUCGCGAUAAGCUUGCGUUUCCAGCCUUCAAAAGUUCACGUCUACGGACGUUAAUAAAUCAGAGUCUCAAUUGGCAGCACCAGCUUUGCAAGAAUCCCCGUCCAAACCCUGAUAUUAAAACACUAUUUAUGGAUCAUUCUUGCACUCCAACUGCCAAUGGUUCUCGUCCUCCUCCGACAAACAGUCCCCUUGUAGGACCAAUUCCAAAGGCUGGCGCAUUUCCCCCUAUUGGUGCCCAUGGCCCAUUCCAACCUGUUGUCUCCCCAUCUCCUGGUGCUAUUGCUGGUUGGAUGUCUAGCACUAAUCCUUCAUUGCCUCACCCUGCUGUAGCAGCAGCUCCUCCUGGUCUCGUGCAGCCUUCUAGUGCAGCUGCUUUCUUGAAGCACCCAAGGACUCCUACAGGUGUUACAGGGAUGGAUUAUCAAUCAGCUGAUUCGGAGCACUUGAUGAAGCGUAUUCGCACUGGCCAAGCUGAUGAGGUGUCAUUUUCUGGUGUGAUGCAUAAUUCCAAUGUCUACUCGCAAGAUGACCUUCCUAAGGCUGUUGUUCGUACCCUUAGUCAAGGAUCUAACGUAAUGAGCAUGGACUUUCAUCCACAACAACAAACUAUUCUUCUAGUUGGGACAAAUGUUGGUGACAUCAGUCUUUGGGAAGUAGGGUCCCGGGAAAGGCUGGUACAUAAACCUUUCAAGGUUUGGGAUAUGCAAAAUGCCUCAACGCCAUUGCAGACAGCUUUGGUGAAUGAUGCUGCAAUAUCAGUGAAUCGGUGUGUUUGGGGGCCAGAUGGACUUAUGCUUGGUGUUGCAUUUUCGAAGCACAUUGUUCAGAUAUAUACUUACAAUCCAACUGGAGAACUGAGACAACAUUUUGAGAUUGAUGCUCAUGUUGGUGGGGUUAAUGACAUUGCAUUCGCUCAUCCCAACAAGCAAUUGUGUAUUGUUACGUGUGGAGAUGAUAAAGUGAUUAAGGUGUGGGAUGCUGUAGGUGGACGCCGACAAUAUACAUUUGAAGGCCAUGAAGCUCCUGUGUAUUCAGUUUGCCCUCAUUAUAAAGAAAAUAUUCAGUUCAUUUUUUCAACUGCUAUUGAUGGGAAGAUUAAAGCUUGGCUAUACGAUUGCUUGGGAUCAAGGGUGGACUAUGAUGCUCCUGGACUUUGGUGCACCAUGAUGUCAUAUAGUGCAGAUGGAACCAGACUCUUCUCAUGCGGAACAAGUAAAGAAGGUGAAUCCCAUCUGGUGGAGUGGAAUGAGAGUGAAGGGGCUAUCAAACGGACAUAUUCUGGAUUUAGGAAGCGCUCUUUAGACGUUGUCCAGUUUGACACAACAAGGAACCGAUUCUUAGCUGCUGGUGAUGAAUUUCAAAUUAAGUUCUGGGAUAUGGAUAGUACCAAUGUGUUGACGGCAGUUGAUGCAGAUGGCGGGUUGCCUGCUAGUCCUAGACUGAGAUUCAACAAAGAAGGGUCACUGUUGGCCGUAACAACGAAUGACAGUGGUAUUAAGAUCUUAGCAAAUAAUGAUGGUUUGCGCUUGGUUAGAAUGUUGGAGGGAAGGGCUAUGGAGAAAAAUCGAGGCACUUCUGAGCCCAUCAACUCUAAGCCUCUGAUUGUUAAUGCACUAGGCCCCAUUGUGAAUGUUCCUAAUGCUGUUCCUCCAGCCCUGGAACGUCCUGAUAGAAUCCAACCAGCUGUGUCUAUCAGUAAUCUAGGUACUAUGGAGAACAGCAGGCUCGUUGAUGUUAAACCUCGGAUUUCCGAGGAUAUAGACAAGAUUAAGAGCUGGAAAAUUUCUGAUAUUGUGGAUCCCUCUCAAAUGAAAGCUCUGCGGUUGCCUGACUCUACAACUGCUGGAAAGAUUGUAAGACUAAUGUACACAAACAAUGGCCUGGCUCUGUUAGCCCUUGCCUCAAAUGCUGUUCACAAGCUUUGGAAAUGGCAGCGUAAUGAAAGGAAUCCAUCAGGGAAGGCUACUGCAUAUGUUACACCACAGUUGUGGCAGCCUCCCAAUGGAACUCUUAUGACUAAUGAUGUGAAUGACAAUAAACCAGCUGAGGAAUCUACUGCGUGUAUUGCUUUAUCCAAAAAUGAUUCUUAUGUCAUGUCUGCAUCUGGUGGGAAAGUCUCUCUGUUCAACAUGAUGACGUUUAAGGUCAUGACAACAUUUGUUUCUCCCCCUCCCGCAGCCACUUUUUUGGCAUUUCAUCCUCAAGACAAUAAUAUAAUUGCUAUUGGCAUGGAGGAUUCUACUAUUUUAAUAUAUAAUGUUAGGGUUGAUGAGGUUAAAACCAAACUGAAGGGCCAUCAGAAUCGGAUUACAGGCCUUGCAUUUUCUCAAAGUCUCAAUGUACUGGUUUCUUCAGGUGCUGAUACCCAGUUAUGCGUGUGGAGCAUUGAUGGAUGGGAGAAAAAGAAAACAAGGUUUAUACAAGCACCAGCUGGUCGCCAAUCCCCGUUGGUUGGAGAAACAAAAGUUCAGUUUCAUAAUGAUCACACACACUUGUUGGUUGCUCAUGAAAGCCAAAUUGCUGUGUAUGAUUGCAAGCUUGAUUGUUUGCGCUCAUGGUCUCCAAAAGAUGCACUUGCUGCUCCCAUCUCAAGUGCAAUAUAUUCAUGCGAUGGUCUAUUGGUUUAUGCUACUUUUUGUGACGGUGCUGUUGGAGUUUUUGAUGCUGAUACCUUAAGACUCAGAUGUCGAGUAGCACCUACUGCGUAUAUACCAUCAUUUUCUCUCAGCGGCAACCCCACCUAUCCUUUGGUUGUAGCAGCUCAUCCAUCUGAGCCUAACCAGAUUGCAGUCGGCAUGACUGACGGCUCAGUGCAUGUAGUUGAACCGUCUGAUGUAGAGCUGAAGUGGGGCGGGGCACCGUCUCAAGAUAACGGCCCUUCCAAUUCGUCAAAUCCUUCGCCUAGUGGUCAAGCAUCAGAACUUCCUUCCAGGUGA